AUGGCCGCCCCCGCGCUCCGGCGCGCCGUGCUCUGCCAGGGGAGGGCCCUCGGCGCGGGCCCAGCUGACUUGGCUCACUUAAUGGACAGAACCUAUGAAAGAAAGCUGCCUGUCAGUUCUUUGACAAUAGCCCGGUUUGUUGACAACAUUUCUUCACGAGAAGAAGUGGAUCAAGCUGAAUACUACCUUUACAAGUUUCGUCAUAGUCCAAAUUGCUGGUACUUGAGAGACUGGACCAUCCACAGCUGGAUCAGACAGUGUUUGAAAUACGGUGCUCAAGACAAAGCCUUAUACACAUUAAAAAACAAGGUUCAGUAUGGAAUUUUUCCAGAUAAUUUUACAUUCAAUAUUUUGUUGGAUUGUUUUAUAAAGCAGAAGAAAUAUGAAGAUGCUAUGUCAGUAGUAACAGAGAUCAUGCUCCAAGAAAGUUUUGAUGAAUUAUCAACACAGCUUCUUUCUCUAUAUGUUUUAUACCAGUAUCUGGCAACCAAGUCUGAUUAUGAGUGGGAAGAGGAGAGAAAUCUUGGAGCAUCGCUAGUGCUUGCGGGUCUAAAGCAAAAUAGCACUGUGGGUUUUAGCUCCCAGCUGUAUGGCUAUGCAUUCCUUGGAAAAGUGGAGUUGAAUAAGGGACUAAGAGCUGUAUACAAUCUAAUGCCACUAAUGUGGACACCUGGAUAUUUGAAUAGAGCCUUGCAAGUGAUGGAGAAUGUGGCUUCAUUGUCAGGAGACAGCAAAAUCUGCAAAGAAGCUAUUGAUGCCCUGGAGACCAUUUUGCAGUCUGUCCUUGAAGCCAAACCUGAUCCAGCAUCUGCUGAAGAAGUCAAGGGAUUAGAACAGAAGUCGCAGUGUGCAGAAUCAGAAGAAACAGAGCAAUCUAAAGCACCUGAGUACUACAGUCGAUUCAAAAUCCUGUAUGCUGAGACUACUCAGUACACUGCUCCUCAGGCAAUUCCUUCUAUCUGUGUCAAUGAUCAGUGGGAGCUGUACUCCAAGCUGCAUUCACUUGGCAAGGUUGAAUCUGAAAGUCUGUUAACCCUGACCACCCAACUUGUCAAGGAAAAGCUGCCAGCAUGUGAAGUGGAAGACAUUGCCAAACAUGAGCAGAAGCUGAAGGAGUGGGAAGAAGAGCAAGUGCUUCUCAUUGAGAGAGAAAGAGAGAUGAGAGAAAAGGCUAAGCAGGAAAUGGAAGCUAGGAAGCUAGCUGAAGCAUCUGCUUAG